AUGUUGACUGGAGGAGUACCUAUCGAUUUCCCAUACUCACACUCUUCUGCUUCUAUAUACUCACAAGACGGAAGAUAUUUAAUCACCACGUUAUCUCAUCAGAUCCGUGUUUACUUUGUGUCGACUAAACAAUGCAUUAGGACUAUAGAUAUUGACCUUACAGAUGUUGUGGAUAUCAAGUUAGACGUGACAAACCCUAGUCAAAUUAUACUCUUCAAAAGUAUUGGUGAAAUAAUGAUUGUAAAUUAUAAAGACAAGAAUAUGCCGGAGCCUGUUGUCACCACCACAAGCAUACAACAGCAAUUGAAUAACCAUAAUGUUCUUUCCGUGGUAUGCGUCAAGCACGAUAGAUAUAUUGCCAUUUCUGGAAAGAAAGAUAAAAGAAAAGGCCACAGUCCACAUUCGAGAUUCCUCAUCUCGAUCGAUCGCACUGCAGAUUCAGUUAGCGUUAUGGGCGAAGUGGCCAACGUCCUACAUUAUGCGGUGUCUUUGGACUGCACCAAAGUUGCAUUUGUCACAAAUGAUCAAACAAUCACCUUGAUUGAUCUUGGAGUAUACUAUGAUAUUAGUAGCGGUAGUAUUAGCAACACUAGUGUUGGCGCAAACAACCAAGUUACAGAAACUGAUGCAGCAAAUGGUAAACUGGAGCUUUUGCCAAUGGAAACUAUUCCAUUUCAGUUUAGAUCGCCAAUUACUGCCGUUGCCGUAUCCAAUGAUGCCGUCAUCGCAUUAGGAACAAACUCAGGUGUAAUUCAAAUAUUAUACGGAGGCAUAUUGGAAAAUGCUGAAAAGACGCAACGUCUCUUCAAAUGGCAUAUCGAUCAAGUCAAUGCUUUGCAAUUUUCUAGUGACAACAAUUAUUUACUAUCCGGAGGUAUGGAAAAAGUUUUGGUGUUUUGGCAAUUGGAGACAGAAAAGAAACAAUUUCUUCCCAGAUUGAAUGGUGUCAUUGACAAGAUCUCUAUUGACUUGAACAAGAAUGAUUACAUCACCUUGUUGUUAAAGACUGAUGUUGCCAACUAUGAAAUACUAGUAUUGUCGUUGGUGGAUCUUGUUUCGAGAUUAGCAGUCAACACCAUUAGACCAAAGUUUGCAAACAAUUUAAAGACAACUUUAGCCAGAACCAAAAAGAAGCUUGCAAAAGAUGCAAGUUUCCAAAAAGAUUUCAACAAGCUAAAACUCAAGUAUGAUUACACUUGUUCGUUUGAACCGCACUCCAAGUCUAAAAACCUUUAUUUUCCCAACGAGUCCUCUAUUCAAGCCUUUGACAUUAUCAGAAAUGAGCAAAGUUUUAUCCAGCAUGCGGCACCUAUAAUAUCUACAGGUAAAGUACGAGGCGAAACAAAAAUCAUUGAUCCUCAAUUAACGCUCUUAAAGUUUUCACAAGACGGAGAGUGGAUGUGUACUUUUGAUGAAGUGGUGAGCUCGGAAUUGGACUCGUUGUUAUCCACAAAAGACAAGCAGUAUGCUUUGAAAUUUUGGAGAUACAAUGAAAACAAAGAAAAAGAAAAGGACAGAUCAGAUAAGGAGAAAGAUAAGGAUAACAGAAAUGGGUUUUGGGAACUUACUACAAAGAUUAUUGAUCCGCACGGUAAAGGAACUCCUGUAUUGAGCUUAAUCCCAGCUCCGUCAUCAUACUUUAAUGGACUCGCUUUUCUCACUGCCGACAACAAGGGUGGUGUACGAGUAUGGAGACCAACUUUCCCCAAGGAUGCUUAUAAGGUACCAGCAUCUACCACAAAUUCAUCUUCUUUUAGCCAGCAAAAACAAAAUAAGUCAACACAAACUGCAUGGACUUUGCGUAGACAAAGAACUCCAGCUUCAAAUGCAUCAUAUGAUGCUGUUUCCCUUGCUUGGUCUGACGAUAGCUCUACAAUUUUCCUUGGCCAUGAAUGCUCAAUCACCUGUCUCGAUUUGAAGACCUUUGAGCCUAUCCAGGAUUUCCAAAUUCCAACGCUCACUGAGUCUAGAAUAAGAUCAUUGCAAUUUCUUAAUAACUACCUUGUUGUGCUUUCAAAAACAAGGUUUUUUGUCUACGAUUUAGUUGCUGCAAAGUUGACUGAAUUGGUUACAAAAGUUCAUACGACAAGUGGAGGCAAAAAUCUCAUUACAAUUGACCCAAAGAGGAAUUUGAUUUGCUUGGCAAUCAACUACUACUCUGGCUACGAGCCGCUGGAUGCUGAAAACUUGCAAAUCAAGUCCAAGAUUUACCUUUUCAAACCAAAUCAGCUCAAACCUAUCUUUGUACGGGAGCAUAGUCUGGGCAUUGCUGCAUUAAGACUGGACUCGGGCUCGUUUAUAUUUAUCGAUCUUGAAUGCAGAGCAGGUUCAUUAUCGUCGACUUUACUUGAAGAAAUUGACGAAGCAGAAAGAACCAAAAGUAAUAAUGAGCCUGGUGCUGGUGUUGGCUCGUUAUCGGAAGAGAUCAAACAGAUGUUGAUCACGGCGCAAGGAAAUGUCGAAUUGAUGAAUUACAGAUCAACUGCAUCAAGUGUAAAGACAAAGAAGCAAUCUAAUGGAGGUGACGGUGGCAACAAGGGUGUCAAUGGCGGUGUUGGAAUUGACGACGCCGAAAUUGACGCAGCAAUGAGCACCGAAGAACGUGUUUUGGAUUUGCACAGUUUCCAGCCUAUAUUUCAGAACCUAGAUGGACUACAAGUGGAGACGAUUUUUGAUCGUAUAACAGAUAUCCUCCGAUGA